AAAAUUCAAAACAUCUUCUCUUCACUUCACACAACUCAGCUCUCAGAUUCAAUCAAUGGAGGUUUCCGAAGAGCAACGGCGGAGAGACAAAGCGAAUCAGUUAGCUUUUUCUGAGAACCGAAAGACGUCGUUUGAUUCUUCAGAAAACCCACAGCGACAACAAGAUUUCCGGUUAGCUAAAUGUCGAAAGCUCGACGGUGGUAAAGAUGUCUUCUUUCAAGAAGGGUAUCGUAACUACGAACCGGAACGAGGAUUGAGUACUAGUGUACCGGAAAAGUUCCGGGUCAGGCUCGAGAUCUGUUCUCCUGAUUCGUUUUCGGUGACGCCGGUUCAAUUGCAAGGGUUUCGAUGCCCUGAAGAGCAAGAGUGUUUUCGUCAAUUGAGAGAGAUUCUAUCUGAUGCGAUUCCUUCACACUACACUCAAAAUGAUGAUGGAGGAAAAGCUGGGGUUUAUAAGAUCAGAGACUACAGUAUGGUUACUGGAUGUCUUAAAAGGUCCAAGAGCGUUGAAGUUGAAGGGAUACCUUGGAAAACGUUGGCUGUUGUUGAGAAACUUUCCCAGUCAUUCAUUUCUUGGAAAUGGCAACCUUGUUUACCUGAACAUUAUACGGAGGAGAAGGUUGAACAACUGAUUGAAACCCUGCCAAGAAAAUUGGUGAAUGCCCUUUUGCCUUUCCAACUUGAUGGUCUAAGAUUUGGUUUACGGAGAGGUGGCAGGUGUUUCAUUGCUGAUGAAAUGGGGCUUGGAAAGACGCUUCAGGCCAUUGCCAUUGCUGGUUGCUUUAUAAGUGAGGGUUCCGUACUUGUUGUCUGUCCAGCUGUUCUGCGUUUCUCAUGGGCAGAAGAAUUGGAACGUUGGUUGCCAUUUUGUUUGCCUUCUGACAUACAUCUCGUAUUCGGUCAUCAAGAUAAUCCUGCCUAUUUACCAAGAUGGCCAAAAGUUGUGGUUAUCUCAUACAAGAUGCUUCAGCAUCUCCGGACCACCAUGCUUGAGCGAGAAUGGGCCCUCUUGAUAGUAGAUGAAUCUCAUCAUCUACGGUGUUCGAAAAAAAAGUCAGAUCCACCUGAGAUAAAGACAGUCCUUGAUGUUGCUGAAAAGGUUAAGCACAUAGUUCUGUUGUCAGGAACUCCUUCUAUAUCGAGGCCCUUCGACAUUUUCCAUCAGAUAAACAUGCUAUGGCCUGGUUUGCUGGGAAAAGACAAGUAUGAGUUUGCGAAAACCUAUUGUGAAGUUGGGCUUGUCAGAGGUAUGCAAGGGAAGAUUUUUCAGGAUUUUUCAAAGGGUACUCGCUUACUGGAGUUAAACAUACUGCUAAACCAAACAGUGAUGAUAAGAAGACUGAAGCAGCAUGUGUUAACACAGUUACCCCCAAAACGUAGGCAAAUCGUAACCAUCUUGCUAAAGAAGUCUGAUAUAGCUUUAGCAACGGCUAUUGUCAGUGAGGCUAAUCAGAAGGCUAAUAAACAGAAUGAUGGUGCUAUAGCAGAAGUCACAGAGAACUCACAUGAACCUAAAGCUGACAAAGAGAAUCAACUAUGUGGGAAACUUUCCUAUCAACAACUUGGCAUUGCAAAGCUUUCUGCCUUUCGUGAAUGGUUAUCUCUACAUCCUCUUCUAUCAGGAUUGGAUUAUACCCCAGAAGAAAUUGAUGGAGACACAAGCUCAACAAAAAUGGUCGUUUUUGCUCAUCACCAUAAGGUUCUGGAUGGCAUUCAGGAAUUUAUGUGUGAUAAAGGGAUUGGUUUUGUCCGCAUUGAUGGGACGACGUUGCCAAGAGAUAGACAAUUGGCUGUACAGUCAUUUCAGUUUUCUAGUGAGGUUAAAGUUGCAAUAAUUGGCGUAGAAGCUGGAGGAGUUGGACUUGAUUUUUCAGCAGCACAAAAUGUUGUGUUUCUUGAAUUGCCUAAAACACCGUCACUGUUGCUUCAGGCUGAGGAUAGAGCACAUAGGCGAGGCCAAACAAGUGCAGUCAAUGUAUACAUCUUCUGCGCAAAGGAUACUAUGGAUGAGUCAAAUUGGCAAAAUCUGAACAAGAAGUUGCACCGUAUUUCAUCUACUACUGAUGGAAAAUAUGAUGGGAAGACCGAAAUCGAAAUUGAAAGAGCAUAUAUUUUCAAGCCUGAUGAAGAAAGCAGUGAAAGAGAAGUUCUCGAAGCGCAACCAUCAAAAUCUAAUACUGUAGUAGCUGAUAAGAUUGUUGAAAGCUGUGACGAUCUGGGAUCUGAGACAGAUAUAUCAAAUACUAUUGAUCUCAAGGACGACAUGACUUCUCAUCUGGAAAUAUUAGAAGUCUGUCCUUUUGUUGAGAAUGGUUCCGGCUCUGAGAUGAGAUCUUCUGACACCAUUUGUUUAACUAUGUUAGACCAGGAAAACCAAGAAAAUCAUCAGCCUAAAAAUCUUAUUGCUGAUGACGAGCUUGCGAAAGAAUUUGAUUCCAAUUCCAUUUUUCCACUCAUAGAUUCUCUCAGAUUUGAGGUGAGCCAAAACACUGGAAGAAUUCAUUUAUACUCUUGCAUUCCUGGGAAAGAUCCACGACCAAGGCCUCAUUUCCAGAACUUCCGUCCAGAGGAGAUUGAAGCAAGCAAUCCAAGUCAGGGUCCCAAUAAAGAAAAAAAUCCUGAAUCCAUUACGGAUGAUCCGGUUCAUGUACUUGCUAUCUUAGAAUUUAUGAAAGAGUGGAAAUCACUACGGCCAAUCGAAAAGCGGAAACUACUUGGAAAGCCUUUGCAACUACCUUUAUCACUGGAGUUGAGCUACUUGAGUGAAAGUACUAGUCACAACAGCGAGGGAUUGCUUAGGGGAGGGAGCAAAAGACGAAACACACCCUUUUCUGAGAUCAGUAUUCCUGUACCUGAAAAUGCAGUGUGGAAAAAGGUCAACCUUCGAAGUGGCCACCAAAGAAAGGAAAAAGAAUACACCCAAGCUUGGAGUAUGAGCGAUGAACCACUCUGUAAACUCUGUCAAAAGCCCUGCAAGGGAAACAACGCCAAAGAACCUGAGUAUUUUGAGGAUCUUUUCUGUGUUCUUGCAUGCUAUGAAGAUUACCGGACGAGAACAAGCAGCAGAUACAUUCGCCAGGAACUUUUUCAGAUAGAACAUGGAAUUUGCACAAACUGCGAAUUAGACUGCCACCAACUCAUCAGACGGUUAAGGCCUUUACCAUUGGAAAAACGCCGUACAUACAUAAACAAAGUUGCUCCAGAAUUGUUUGCCCGGAAGAACUUGCUCGAAACCCUGGUUAAUGAUCCAACGGAGGGUAAUGCGUGGCAUGCAGAUCAUAUCAUUCCAGUCUACCAAGGCGGAGGUGAAUGCCGGCUAGAGAACAUGAGGACACUUUGUGUGGCUUGUCAUGCCAAUGUCACUGCAGCUCAAUGCGCAGAACGUAAACUGAUACGGUCCAAAGCCAGGAAGCAACUCAAAAACACUUUAAACGAACUCAGAAACAAUCCAAAGCAAAAAGAACUGCCAGCUGAAGAUAAUACAAAGGAGACUGAUUCAGCUACCGAUGAAGAGGAAGAUGAGCUAAUGGUUGAAGUUCCUGGUAGUGCCUACUCCAUAGAUCAGAAAAUCAGUCAUGUCGCAUAAAACUCAUUUUUUGACUUGUCAGUAAAUUGACCUCUCAAUUGAUAAAGCACAGGUCCUGUUUGUAUCCUUGUAUCUGUUAUCACAGUUUUGCUUGGAAUUAAAGCUUCUUUCCUCGG